UCUUUCCAGUCACCGCCACCUUGGGUGAUUGGCACCAUUCCUACGGAUUUCAGUUGUUUCAGAAACAUUUUGCACUGUUUAUUUUGCACGGUACUGUCACUUCGCUUCCUGGCGUGUAUUGGAUGAUUUGAUUGUUUUCAGUCAACUAGGAUGGCCAUGACCAUCGAUAUGAACGACUGGGAAGAGCGUGUGUCUCGUCCUAAGAACGUUAAGGAGGAGCUACUAAAGGGCACCGAACUGUGUGGAGAGCUGUAUUUGCGAACCAGUGGAUCGUGGUUGUCCGCAGCACUUUUAACCUUCGAAGAACCGGAACAAACUUACGGAGCUCGUGGUCUGAGUGAGACAUUUUCCACACCGUUGAUAUCCUUUGACAUCCAUGCAGCGGAUACGCCAUUUACUGCGGAUGACAAUGAUCUGGCCGAUGAUGCUUCUGAAUCGAAUGAAGAAUCAUCCGACGAAAUUAUUUACAAUGCUGUGAUGGCAGCGCUGGCCAUGGAGCGCUUCAAAGAGGCCUCGGUUCUCGCGCAAGAAGGAGUGGAGACUAAUGCCGUGCUGCGCUUUAUAUAUUUCUACGCCAAGUUUUUGCACAUUGAACGGUCUCGACUCCCGGAAUAUGCGAAGACUGAAUUAGGAGAAGUUGACCGGGUCCAUAUUGAACGAAUGUUAGAAGCGCUUCUUGUGGAAAUCGAAAGAUAUUUCGAUACAUUUCGAAAUGGAAGCGCAGAUGCUGCGUUGCACUACCUGUAUGGAAAAAUUCUGCUUCUUCAAGAUCAGAAAGCAGACGCAGUAAAAAAAUUUGUCGAUGCCAUUUCAUUCGAGCCUUUGCUGGUGGAAGUCUGGAUGGAAAUGGCUGAUUGCAUGGAAAACAGAGCCGAAAUUGUUCGAGUAGGAGGUUCGUGUCCGAAUCACUGGAUGCGCUAUUUGUUUUUUGGACGAUCUUACGGAAAUGUUGGGCAUAUUGAUUAUGCUUUCAACGCUUACGAAAUGCUACAAAAAAUUGGUUUGAAAAAUCACCCCGAUAUCAAGAACAGCAUUGGAAAAUUGAAUAUGAAUAAUGACCCUGAUGAUUCAAUAAAUUUAAUGGAAUCCGUGCGAAAUUUCAAUCCCUAUCGCAUGCAUGAUGUGGACAGUUACAGUCAUCUGCUUUUCAUUAUGGAUGAUCGCGUACGAAUGCGGAAACUGGCAGAUGAUGUUUUCGAGGGUGGGCGAUUCAGCCCGGAAUGCUGCAUCGCUUUGGGGAAUUUUUUUAGUCUUCUGGGUGAUCACGAGAAAGCCAUUCAGAAUUUCAACCGAGCAUUGCGUUAUAAUCCCGAUUUGCACCAUGUUUGGACGUUGAUCGGUCACGAACAUGUUGAGCUGAAACAAACAGAUUUGGCUAUGCGGUCGUAUUCAAAUGCGAUUGAGGCCAAUCCGAAUGAAUACCGCGCUUGGUACGGACUGGGCCAAGCACAGGAAAUUCUGCGAGCACAUUCGUCCGCCUUAUAUUAUUUCAAACAUGCUUUCGAAUAUUGUCCAAACGAUACUCGGAUGCUCCUGGCACUGGCUGACACUUUUCAGAUUUUGGAAAACUAUACGGACGCCGAAAUGUGUUAUUGGAGAGCUUACCAAAUCGAAGGAGACACAGUUGUGUUGGUCCGGCUUGCGAAAAUGUUUGAAAAACUUGGACGCUAUGGAAGAGCCGCCGAAAUUUACGUGAAGUUCACUGCAGAUGUGCAGGCCAUGAACUGUGAUGAAGUCGAUGGGGCGAUUCGGCCGGUUGACCGUGAGGAUUCAGAGGAUGUUGGUUGUGCUUAUCUGUAUUUGUCGAAGUAUUAUCUCCUUCACCGAAUGUUCGAUAAGGCUUUCGAAGAGGCAAAAGCAGCCGAGGUAUUCCGCGAGGUCAGGGAGGAAGCUCAUGCCUUGCUGAAGCAAAUUAGCCGGAUGCGAGCUGAAUCUGAGAUGGAUAAUAGCGAAAUGGUGAACGUUGAUCCUGCGCGGCUGGGAUUUCCACUGUGGGCGGAUACGUCUGUUGUAUAGUUAUGGUUUAUCGAUACAUCUGCCGCAGGCUGUUUUUCUGUGAGAAAGGUUUUUUAACUAUCCUAUUGUGCGGAGCAGACACCUGUCUGGUGUAAAAAAUUGAGAAAUAAAAAUAUAUACAGAGAUUAGUCUGUACAACAACUGUGGUCGAUAACUGGG